ACUGCUGGAAUGUAUGACUAGUGGUCUAUGUACCUGCAGGCAAGCAUUAAAAUGAUUUUUCACUUCUGACAGGAGUCCCUUUUUGGAAGCUGGAAGACAACGAGAGUUGGGAUGGCGUUACUGAAGGCAGUAAGAUACCUGGCUGUUCUUCUGGUUAUAUACUACAGUGUGGAGGAUCACAGUUACAGAGAGUCUCUGAAUCUAUUCUUUGAGGGAUUGAUGGGUACAAAAGCAUCAGAGAUUCAUGCCAGAGAAAAAAGACAGGCUCCCUUGAGUUCCACUGAUUAUGUAAUCGAAAUUGUUAUCAAUACCUCUCACCUGGCACUUCUCGAAAAGGUUUUGAGUGAACUUCCUUCAGGGAUCAACCUGAUCAACAACACUUCUGUAAUUACCAGCGUCAACAUCACAACAGUGUGUUCCCCAAAUCUGUCUACAUACCAGUGCAGAUGUGUAGAGAACUAUGCUUGGUCAUAUAACACCUGCAUUGCCCUAAAUGCCUGCGAUGCCAUCAUUAAUAACACCUGUGGAUGCAUUAAUUCCCUUCCACCUGAUGGCCAGUACUGUGAGCUAAACACCAGUCAAAAAGAUGUCACUCAAUGUUCACCUCCGACUGGUAUGGUUUUGCUUUGUUUUGCAUGGAUAAGUUCAACACAGUCUGUAGUAGUUGAAGACACAUGUUGCAAAAAAAGAGAGCAUUCAUCGAAAUGGAUAGUGAUGCAGAUCUUUUUUUUUACAGUGACACCAACAACACCAAACACAACAACCCGAAACGUGACGACGUCAAACACAACACAGGCAACGCCAACAACCCAAGAAAUGACAACACCAAACGCAACAACCCAAAACAAGACGACGUCAAACACAACACAGGCAACACAGCUGGUGGACUUUGAUUUGGUCCUGGAUUUGCGUGUCCCAGUCUCCAGUGUGCCAUCACAUUUCAUUAAUAUAUUCAGGCAAACACUGUCAGCCUUAACGUUUCCCCUUUUCACUGGAUCUUUAAAUAUAACAGACAUAACUUUCACCACAGGGUGCUAUCCAAACUCCACUGGAGGACUGCAGUGUCAGUGUGAGAACAAGUUUGCUUGGCAAUGUAGCAUGUGUAACAGCUACGGUGCGUGCAGUAAUGCUAGCAGUCAAACCUGUCAGUGCAUUAAUGGAUUUCCUGAUGGAGAGUUCUGUGAACCAAUCACAAAUGUCACUCAAUGUUCACCUCCGACUGGUAUGGUUUUGCUUUGUUUUGCAUGGAUAAGUUCAACACAGUCUGUAGUAGUUGAAGACACAUGUUGCAAAAAAAGAGAGCAUUCAUCGAAAUGGAUAGUGAUGCAGAUCUUUUUUUUUACAGUGACACCAACAACACCAAACACAACAACCCGAAACGUGACGACGUCAAACACAACACAGGCAACGCCAACAACCCAAGAAAUGACAACACCAAACGCAACAACCCAAAACAAGACGACGUCAAACACAACACAGGCAACACAGCUGGUGGACUUUGAUUUGGUCCUGGAUUUGCGUGUCCCAGUCUCCAGUGUGCCAUCACAUUUCAUUAAUAUAUUCAGGCAAACACUGUCAGCCUUAACGUUUCCCCUUUUCACUGGAUCUUUAAAUAUAGCAGACAUAACUUUCACCACAGGGUGCUAUCCAAACUCCACUGGAGGACUGCAGUGUCAGUGUGAGAACAAGUUUGCUUGGCAAUGUAGCAUGUGUAACAGCUACGGUGCGUGCAGUAAUGCUAGCAGUCAAACCUGUGAGUGCAUUAAUGGACUCCCUGAUGGAAAGUUCUGUGAACCAAUCACAAAUGUCACUCAAUGUUCACCUCCGACUGUGACAACAACAACACCAAACACAACAACCCGAAACGUGACGACGUCAAACACAACACAGGCAACGCCAACAACCCAAGAAAUGACAACACCAAACGCAACAACCCAAAACAAGACGACGUCAAACACAACACAGGCAACGCCAACAACCUCUAUGCUAAACAACACAACACACAUGGCAACACCAUCAACCCCAAUAACAGCAAACACAACAUCAACGACCCAAAAAAUCACAACAUCAAACACAACAGCAGCGGUAAGCAACUUCUUUACCAUGGCUAUACCUUUUGAGGAUUCAUACAAUGAUCCAAGCAGCAGCAUUUACCAAGACUCUAUGAACGCUAUUAAAACCCAAAGUGCUAAGUUCUUCUCAGCUUUUAAUGUACAACUAAAGUUCCGGUAAGUCGAUUUUUGUUUUCAGGUUCAUUACGUAUAUUACAUUAGCACAGUGCCAGGGUAUUUAAUAUGUACAUA